AGUGGUUAGUAUACGAUUAACCGUGUGACCGUCACUUGGCGCGCUUGUCCGGUCCCGCCGUCCGUUGUCGCUCCUACACGAGAUGCGUUGAACUGCGUUUUUUUUUCUCACAUUAAACGUACAAAUUUUGUCGUAUUUCCGUCGCGGUUUCGACGUCGGCCUGACGCCAAAACGGUUUCCGUCACAAUAACCGGGAAAAUGGCGAAAAUCACUUAUAACGGCGUUGGAUCUAUACUCGCCAUCGUUGUUUGUCUGUUGUCCGCGUGCGACGUCGGCCGAGCGAAAGUGGCUGUGCACAAGUGCUGCAAGCUACCGACGGAAAUCCUAGUGAACAAUAUCUGCACGCACGUGGACCAACAGCUGCCGCCGCUACGAGUGCCGACGGCCGACGACGGAAAACCGCCGGCGUACGGCUACCACGAACCCGACACGUUCGACCUGGUCGCAGGCUCGCCGUGCCCGAGCGGUUAUUUUCCACUGGAACCGGACCGGUACGCCGACGACGCGUACCGGAUCAACGCCACGACCGGCCGACUGACCACCGUGGACGCCGGUGAUUUCGAACCCGGCCAAUAUUGCUUGGAACGCUGUGGAGCCAACGCCGCGGCGCGUGCGUUCCCGUGCUUGCCCGACGACGCGCAGCAGAGUGAAGCCGACACGGACAACUUGCAGAUGACCAUCUAUUCUACCACGCUGAUCUUGUCCGUGCCGUUUCUGGUCAUCACGUUCUCCGUGUACGCCUGCUUGCGAGAGCUCCGGAACUUGCACGGGAAAUCGCUCAUGUGUCACGUGUUCAGCAUGGCCGUGGCCUACUCCUUCUUAGGGUUCCUUCAAAUCGUCAAUCCUACUGGCCAUACUAUAUGCACAGUCUCAGCAUACAUUGUUCAGUUUUCUUUUUUGGCCAGUUUCUUAUGGUUAAACGUCAUGUGUUUUGAUUUAUGGUGGACGUUCAGCGGAUUUAGACCACUAAAAGGAAACGCUAAGAGACAAGAAGCUAAAAAGUUUGUUAUAUAUUCCAUGUAUGCCUGGGGAUGUUCCAUUAGUAUAAUGAUCAUAACUUUAUACAUGGAAUUUUCGCCAACGGUAUCACCAAAUGCUAUCCGCCCAGAAUUCGGAAAAACCCGUUGUUGGUUUUUUUCAAAAGCCGCAACAUUUUUGUAUUUCUAUGGGCCAAUCGGUGUAUUAUUAUUCAGUAAUUUACUGAUGUUUAUUUAUACUGCAGUAAAAAUAGUCAUACACAUGAGAGACGCAAAAGUACUCGUUGGGUCAGAGAGCAAGAAAAACAUUGAUCACGAAAAACAAAGAUUUAUGUUGUAUUUUAAAUUAUUCAUUGUGAUGGGAAUAAAUUGGCUCGCGGAAGUAAUAUCGUGGGCGUUUGAUAGUUCGAGUUCUAUAUGGUACGUGACGGAUAUUGGAAACACCCUACAAGGUGUGCUGAUAUUUUCGAUUUUUGUUUGUAAAAAACGAGUCCUGAAAUUAUUGAAGAAAAAAUUGUGUUCAAACUCUACACAAUCGAUAAGCGGUGUAUCGACUAGGACUAGCUCAUUCUCCAGGUCGAGUAUUAGGACUAAGGACUCAGCUGUCGAAAUUAACAGUAUCAAUAAGCAGACUUCUAUAAGUGACUCGGUUUCAGAUUUCAAAGCUUAACAAAUCGCAUGUACCUUUUUCAUAUCUAAAUCGUGAUUAAACUAUACAAUUUAUUAGUACCAAAUUUAAAUUGUAAAUACAUUUCUUGAUUAAAACAUUAAGUGAGAAGCUUUAUUUUUGUCCACUUCAUUCUAUACGUUUAUUAAGUAAUUAUAUUUUAUUUAUACAUUUUUUUAACAUAUAAUGGAACUAGCCAAGAGUAUUUUUUAUUUUUAGUUAUAUAUAUAUAUGUGAUUUCUGAUUCGGUUGUAAGUCUGGUUAUAAGUCAUUAAUAAUAUUUUAAAAUCACUUUAGUAUAUUUUACAUUUUGUAAGUUAAUUUUUUAUACAGUAUUAAUACUUACUAUUGAUUUUAGAAUAUCAUUAUUUCAUUUUGGCGCUUUUCUUUCUACAUUUGUAUUUAUUAUUCAGUAUUGUAUAAACUAUCUAAUAUUAUUUUAUUGAGUAGCCUAUCUGAUAUCGUGUGUUAUU